AGGGACAACGUCGCUUCAACCACGAAAGUCGAAGAUAAAAAUAAGGGAUAAGCGAGCAAUCUCCACAACGGAGAUCUUACUAUAUAUCGUCAUCACUUGUUUUGCUUUCGUGAUUGUCGGAUUUGAUUUAAUUGGGCAGGUCAUCCUCCGAUAGCCGCAGCCCGGCCCGGGUAUAAGGAACCAAAACGCCGCUCAUUUACACGGAAAGUACCUUGAAGAAACGCUCUCCUCUGCAAGUCUUUACCGAAAUGACUUCCCUCGCAAAUGAAAUCUCGGACGGUUUCAGGGGCCGUCGAUCCAUCUAUUCUCUAACGAAUGAAUCCACAAUUUCCGACGAGCGUCUCGAAGAGCUAAUCGCGGAGGUGGUCAAGCACACCCCGAGUUCGUUCAAUAGCCAAACAACUCGUAUCGUUGUGUUGCUUAAGGAGGAGAACCAGAAACUAUGGGAGAUUGCUCGUGAAGUCGCCAGCUCCAGCAUCCCACCGGAACUGUAUGAGAAGCUUUUUAAGAAUCGCAUUGGAAUGUCCGGUGCCGCCUAUGGCUCGGUACUGUUCUACGAGGAUCCAGCACCGACCAAGGCGCUAUCGGAAAAAUUUUCGAUAUUGAAAGGCCAGUUCCCGGAAUGGGCAAGUCAUUCUACAGGAAUGCACCAAUUUGCUACUUGGACACUCCUCGAGGCGGAAGGCCUUGGAUGCAAUCUACAGCAUUAUAAUGAGAUACUGCAAGAGCGCGCUUCUCAGCAGUGGAGCAUACCACCGGAAUGGCGCUUGACGGCCCAGCUGGUCUUCGGAAAGCCAGCCGGUCCUCCACGGGACAAGACGUUUGAGCCGCUCGAUCAAAGACUGUUCGUUUAUGGAAAGUCGACGUAGGAGACCUCUCAGGUAUUGGUAUUUCCAACCCCCUGUGAUCCCUACGGAGUGUUACGAUUAGGAUCCAGAUAGAAUUCCAAUAGCAUUUGCGAGAGAUUAAAAUCGGUCAGAUGCCUCAGGCGUAUUUCUAUUAAUAUAUGCUAGUCUUAUAUACAUUACAGCUGGUAUUCGUUGAUCAACUUCUCAGCGCAGGUUGCACCCGUCACAUACGCGACGGCCUGGACGUGGCAGUUGGCCAGCACGGGGACAACACUCAUGUCAGCCACCCGCAGGUUCUCGAUACCCAUGAGCCGGAAGUUCGAGUCAACAGCGGCAUCAGCGUCACCCUGCUUGCC